AAUACCGUGUUAGAACCCUCGUCCUCCUCCCCCUUCAUCAGCCCCAAAGAGGGGCAAGAAGCCGCGAUCAGGGGGAGGGGGGUGCUCUGAUUCUCACCUUUACCUGUUUCUCCCACUCCGCAUCGGAGUGCCCGUGGCAUAGGUGGAAUGCGACUCGCCACGGCGGUGACGUUUCUCACCGGCUGCGCCUUGAUUCUCUCGUCGGGCAUCGGGGGCUGCGGCCCGGGCAGAGGUUACGGGAAGAGGCGGCCACCGAGAAAGCUAACCCCGCUCGCCUACAAACAGUUCAGCCCUAACGUGGCUGAGAAAACACUGGGCGCGAGCGGCAGGUACGAAGGGAAAAUAACGCGCAACUCGGAGCGCUUCAAGGAGCUCACGCCGAACUACAACCCUGACAUCAUCUUCAAGGACGAGGAGAACACCGGUGCAGACCGGAUGAUGACGCAGAGGUGUAAGGACAAGCUGAACUCGCUGGCCAUCUCGGUGAUGAAUGUGUGGCCAGGUGUGCGUCUGCGGGUGACGGAGGGCUGGGACGAGGAUGGCCACCACUCGGAGGAGUCGCUGCACUACGAGGGCCGCGCCGUGGACAUCACCACGUCCGACCGCGACCGCCACAAGUACGCCAUGCUGGCCAGACUGGCCGUGGAGGCCGGCUUCGACUGGGUCUACUACGAGUCCAAGGCCCACAUCCACUGCAGCGUCAAGUCAGAGAACUCGCUGGCGGCUAAGACAGGUGGCUGCUUCCCCGGAACGUCGCGGGUAACCCUCGAGGACGGGAGUCAGCGUCUGAUGCGUGACCUUCGACCUGGAGACCAAGUCCUGGCCUCUACGGAGAGUGACGGCAGCGGCCGUCUCCUCUACAGUCCCGUGCUGACCUUCCUGCACCGCGACCCUGCGACCCGGAAGCACUUCCACGUCAUCACCACCGAGAGUGGCGCUCGCCUGUCCCUCACGGCCGCCCACCUCCUCUUCGCCUCGGACGGGCCGUGCAACAGAACCAGGACCGCGACGGGCGUCGACGUACGAACCGUAUUCGCCAGCGAGGUGCAGCCGGGGGCGUGCGUGGUGGUGGUGACCUCUGACCUGCAGCCAGGGGGCGGCGUUGAGCUCUCGCGCGUGGUGGGGGUGCGGGUGUGGGAGGACCGGGGCGUGUUUGCGCCACUGACGGAGCACGGGACGCUGGUGGUGGACGGUGUGCUGGCGUCCUGCUACGCCGUGGUGGAGCACCAGGGCCUGGCCCACUGGGCCUUCAGCCCGCUCAGGGCCCUCCUCCACUGGACCGGACCCAACUGGAACCAGGCCUCUGGCCUGCACUGGUACGCUCGAGCCCUGCACUGGAUCGGAACCGUGGUUCUGGACUCAACACACUUCCAUCCCUGGGGGGUGUAG